UACCCUGCUAUACAACGCUGGAGACAUUAUGAAGUAAUAAAUUAAUCCAGGUCCCAGCCCAUCUGAUGCCACUGCCGCCCACCCCACAUAAAAUUGAUCCUAGUAGAAGAGGAGCCUUCUGCCCGCUCCGGCAAAUCCAAAGUUAUCCCCCACUGACCUCCCGUUCGAUCAUCAGCAAAAGUGACUGCAACCCUACCCAGAAAUCAGAAGAACAGUCCAGAGAACACCAUCAAUGGCUACUGGUGCGGAAGAGGAUUUGCCAUUGCCACUAGAUGCUACAGCGGAGCAGCCAAAUCUCUUUGAUGGAACCACAAGGUUAUAUACUUGUUACACGUGUCCAUAUGCGCAACGUGUGUGGAUCACAAGGAAUUACAAGGGAUUAGAAGACGAGAUUAAAUUGGUUCCUCUAAACCUCCGGAACAGGCCUGCAUGGUAUAAGGAGAAAGUAUACUCCCUAAAUAAGGUUCCAUCAUUGGAACACAAUGGCAAAGUCAUGGGGGAGAGUCUUGACUUGAUCAAGUACGUAGACAGUAACUUUCGGGGGCCUUCCCUUUUACCUGAUGAUCCUACCAAAAGAGAAUUUGCUGAAGAGAUGCUUAGAUAUACUGAUACAUUUAACAUGGCCGUGUAUAUUUCACUUAAUGGAGAUGCUGUGAAAGAAUCUGGACCUUCUUUUGAUUACUUAGAAAAUGCCCUGCAUAAAUUUGACGAUGGCCCAUUCUUCCUUGGUGGAUUUAGCUUGGUGGAUAUAGCUUAUAUUCCAUUUGUCGAGAGAUUCCAAAUCUUUUUUGCAGAUGUAUGGAAUUAUGACAUAACAGAAAGCAGGCCUAAACUAGCAACAUGGAUUGAGGAGUUGAACAAGAUUGAUGCAUAUAAGCCAACAAAGACUGAUCCAAAAGAGCUUGUUGAGUUCUACAAGCAGCGGUUCCAGGCACCACAGUAAACUCGUCACCUAUGAUUUUGGUGUCUAUACCUACUGUUUUCUUGUUUCGAGCUAUAAACUGCAGUCUGUAGUGGAUAAAUCGAACCGAUCAUUUUGGUUAUUAUGUACUAUGAUGUUGCACAAAUAAAAAGCGGAUUUUCUAUAUUGUGAUGCAUUAUAUAUGUUUUGUCAUUUGGUUA